GCUGGUGUCGGUGGUGAUUUGAUAUUUACCAGUGGUGCAGGCACAAGUGCUGCGAGUGGUGCGAUCACUGUGGCAUCAGCUGCAUCUACUACAAGCGGCGCUCUUACGUUUAGCUCUGGCAUAUCCUCUGCUGGCAACUCGGGUGCUAUCACCAUCAAGUCGUCGGCAGCAACUGGUGGAAAAGGCGGAGCUAUCACUCUGAGUGUCGGAAAUGCGAACACUGGAGCUGGUGGGGACAUUACCAUUACUGCUGGUCUCACUACAGCAUCGACUAUGACUGGCGGCAAGUCAUCCAUUCUUGGUGGUGCUGGCAUCGUUGGUGGCGACGUUCAAUUGACGGGUGGUGCAGGAACUGCUGGUGCUGGUGGCAACUUGGUAUUGGCGAGUGGAACUGGCACGAGCGCAUCCAGCGGCUCAGUGACGAUAUCGACACCCACGUCAGCAUCGAGUGGGUCGCUGACGUUUAGUUCCGGGACGUCCACGGCUGGGAACUCGGGAGCGAUUACGAUUCAAUCGUCGUCAGCGGCAGGUGGUAAGGGCGGUGCGAUUACGCUUAGCGUGGGUUCGGCCAACACUGGUGCAGGUGGUGACAUCGCUAUCACUGCAGGCGCAACCACAGCGGCAACGUCAACUGGUGGUGGUUUGACCUUGACUGGCGGUGCUGGCACCUCCACUGGCGGCAGCCUCACCCUCGCGGGUGGUGCUGCUUCUUCUGGCACUGGUGGAUCGGUGACACUCCAGGCUGGCUCAGGAACAACUCAGGGCUCUGUCAAGGUGGUGGACGCCAGCAGUAACUCGUUACUUCUGGUGAGUGCGUCGACUUUAACUGCAAGCAGCGCUGCAAUGGAUUUGACCAGUACAUCCACCUUGGCGCUGACAGCAUCGACAACCGUGACACUGACGGGUUCGUCAACCGUCGUGGCGGGGGGAUUGUUGCACGUCAGUGCAUACAACUUCAAAGUCACGUCCGAUGGAACGACGUCUACGUUCUUGGUCACUGCGUCAACUGGAGGUGUUGCAAUGGCGGGGGAUCUCACGAUGACUGCGGCCGCCGCUUUGAUCACGCAUUCUGGCGCUACUUCGCUGACGGUGUCUUCCCCGAGUUUGAUUGUCACGGGUGGUACGUUCGUCAUGGCGGGAAGCACGGGAACAGCCUCGGCGGGAACAUGCGCCCAAGGCACGAUCAUGUACGACACGUCGUACAUUUACAUUUGCUCGACAGCCAACACGUGGUACAAGGCUGCGCUCGUUGCGCUCUAGGCUAGUCUAUAUAAUACAUGUAUUUUGCAUUUACAAGUAG